UUUUCAUUCAAAAACCAAGUCUUGCCGAAUUAAGUUAUAGUGUGCUGAAAGAAGAUGAAAUCAAAAAAUGUACUCUCAAAGUUACAAGUCUUGCUAAUAGUUUCGACAUUAGGACUCCUCAAUUUUUCGGGCAUAGAAGCCCGUUUGGUUCUUGACGAAUUUAACAAGCAGAAUCGACCAGCUUUAAUAACUACUAACCAUCAAUUCGAAAAUCCCAUUAUUCGAGUGGGUGGUGAUGAUGACUCGAAAACAAAUCAACAAAUCAAAACUGGUAUGUCCAUUUUGGAAGCAACUAAAUGUGGAAAAACUCCAACUGCGUCAAUAGCCUUGCUUGUAUAUUUGGAUGGUCAGACUAAAACCAAAUCUGCUGAAUGUGAUGGUUCCUUGAUUUCGGACAGAUAUGUUUUGACAACAGCUUAUUGCAUCCGUUUGGAAAAUAAAACUUUAGUAAGUGUAAGAUUGGGUGAAUAUGAUACAAUCGAAGAUACUAAUUGUGUCGGUAAUGAAAUCAAAACAAAAUGCGCACUAAGUGUUCAGGAAAUAGAUGUUGAAGAAGCCAUUUAUCACAAAGGUUUUGACCCAGAUUCUAUAUCUUUUUCUGGUGAUAUUGGACUUAUUCGACUUAAGCAUAAGGCAGUUUUCGAUAGUAACGUAAUGCCAAUUUGCCUUCCUAUCACUAGUCAAUCAAAAGUAGCCGAUAAAGAUUGGAUGUUCAUCGCAGGAUGGAAUAGAUUGGACAAGGAUCACAAGUCUACCAUCCCUUUUAAAUCAAUUGUACCAGUUAUAGAUAGUAAAACUUGCGAGGGGAUUCACGUCUUCAUCGACUUAAAUGAGAAACAUAUGUGUGUUGGAGAAGAUAAUGUGGUAAAUUCUUAUUGUAAAGGUGAUUCUGGAACACCAUUGCUUAAUACUGCCACUUAUGGAAAUGCAAAUGGUGAUGAGUCUGAAAAACUUCGUUUUGUUCAAUAUGGCAUUGUUUCACUUUAUGGAUCAUUUUGUAAUUCAAUGUUGCCUCAUCUUUAUGUCAAAGUCGAACCGUAUUUAACUUGGAUUGCUGGAAAUAUUCGUAAUUAAAAUGAAGCUAAAAAUGUAAACGCUUUGUUUUUACAAAAAUAACAAUGUUUCGUAUGAAUAAAAAUUUGAGCACUUGCUUUGCAACACUCCUUCUUUA